CUGGUUCGUCUGGAUGACAAAGGCAGCCUGAUCCUGUACGAGGAGGCCCUGAGCCUCUGCCUGGAGCAGGGUGGGGUGGGGGACGCCCCCGUCUGCCUGGUGUCCAUCAUCGGGGAGCAGCGCCGGGGAAAAUCCUUCCUGAUGAACUGCUUGCUGCGCCGGCUCCAGAGCCCGGAGGCUGUGGAUGCGUCAUGGAUGGGCCGAGAGGACGAGGCCCUGGGGGGGGUUGAGUGUCACAAUGGGACAGCGACCGUGACGAGGGGCGUGUGGAUGUGGGACCAGCCCCUCUGUGUCCAAGCCCAGGGGAGGAGGGUGGCCGUGUUCCUGGUGGACACCGAGGGCUCCCUGGACCUGCAGCGCCGCAUGGAGACCAGCAUCAAGCUCUCCGUGUUGGGCAUAUUGCUCAGCUCCUACUGGAUCUUUAACAUUUCCAGUACGUUUAAGCAGACGGAGGCAGAUUAUUUGGAGGUGGGUGGGGCAGAGGAUACACACAGCUCUACUGACACGGACCUGCCAGCCAGGUGUCUGCUGGGGGAACCCAAGACCCUGGGUGAU